AUGAGAAGGGAUAAAACCUACAGACUUUACUACGAAAUACGUGAUCUGUGGCAUUCUACCGACGAUCCCAAAGAGAGACAGAACUUCGAAAAUCUCGCUUAUUGGGCAAGAACAAUUACAAUAGUCUUUUACUCGGCCUGCAUGUGGAACGUGUUCACAUUCACGUUUGCUGCGACCCACGAUUAUUUCAUGAUCGAAUACAACAUCAGCAACGCUGAAAAGAGCAAACACUUGCCCUUCGAAGUCUGGUAUGGAACAGAUAUCACAGCAUCUCCUCUCUUCGAAAUCGCUUUCGUUUGUCAACUGAUUGCGGUUGCAUUUGUGGCCGCCUCAACCUCAGGCUUGGAUGGAUCAUGUAUGACCACGAUUUUACACGUAUCUGGACAAUUCAAAUUAAUCAGUACGUGGGUCAGCAAAAUGGGAGUAGAAACAAAUGUCAAACCUGUUUAUUCGCGAAAAUUAGAAGUGGACCUGAUCAAAUGCAUUCGUCAUCACCAACGAAUGAUAAAGUAUUCAAUACAGCCGCUUCAUAUUUCACUUUGCUGCGACAAAUGCAACAAAAAGAACGUUAGUCGGCAAAUGUUGGACAGUUUUAUAGCGUUUCGUUUCGCGCCUUGUACUUUAUUCAUGAAGAGAACACGGUAUACUUCAAAGACAAAUUCUACCCAAAAAAGGAACACUGACAAUUCCAACACAGAUGAAUUGACAACGAAAUCAGGGGAUAUUGAACAACAUUCAGUGGUUGAAAAUAAAAAUUUACAAAAUCAAAGUUUAAAUGCCAUGGUAGAAACAUCAAAACUUCCAUUAGCAAACGUUAAAAAUCCUGAACAGAAACAAAAGAGUAAACUUAACUUAAAAAGUUUGAGAGACAGGAAUACAAAAGUUGAUGAGGAACUUAAACCAAACACACUUCCUCCAAAAAAUAAACCUAGGGCAGUGGUGGAUCUUAAAAUGAUGAAAGAAGAGUUAAAACAAUUAGAGGAUCCACCAUUAACUGAAUGGGAAAAGGAACUAUGUUCAAAUAGAUUACCAUUCUCAUUUUUUGAUAGCCCCUGUGAAGAAUUAGCACAAAAUUUACUGGGAAAGAUAUUAGUCCGUUGCCUAGAAAAUGGAACUAUUUUGAAAGGUAGAAUUGUUGAAACAGAAGGGUAUUUAGGAAUAAUUGACAAAGCAUCACACACAUAUCAAAAUAAAAUUACUCCUCGCAAUAUACCAAUGUAUAUGCCACCAGGUACUAUAUAUGUAUACAUGACAUAUGGAAUGUAUCACUGUUUCAACAUAUCUAGCCAAGAGUCAGGAGCACAUGUAUUAAUUAAAGCAGUGGAACCUAUACUUGGCCUUGAGUAUAUGGAAUUAUUACGAAACAUGCAAUGUGAAAAAAAUAAGAAAGAAAAAAAACUUGUAGAAAAAGUCCAAAAUUUUAAAACAUAUGAACUUUGUAACAAUCCAACCAAAAUUUGUAUGGCUUUUGUUAUUGAUGAAGAUAACUUUAAUCAAAAAAAGAUUUACAAAUGCAGUGAUUUAUGGAUAGAAUGUGAUCCAUAUAUAAAGUCAACUACCAUUGUAGCAGCAAAUUCCAAUGACCCAAAGAAUAAUAAACAAAAAAUAUGGAGAUAUUAUGUAUUAGGAAGUUCUAGUGGGUGUGCAGUUUUAAUAAGGGCUAUAGAACCAUUAGAAGGUACUGAAUAUAUGGCUAAUCACAGAACUAGAAAGGGAUCAUCAAGUGCACCUAAAAAGCCUUUGAAAGAUUUAAAAACACACGAAUUGUGUAAUGGUCCAUCAAAACUAUGUAUGGCAUUCCAGCUUUAUAGAAGUCAUAGUAAAUAUUCCUUGUGCUCUUGGAAGAGUUUGUGGAUUGAAAAUGGUGAAAUGGAGGAAAUGAAUGUUGUCAAAUGUCGCAGAAUAGGGAUAGAUAACUAUGGAGAAGAAUGGACAAAUAAACCAUUACGAUAUUACAUUCACGGAAACAAAGCCGUGAGUAAACGAAACAAGGAAGCUGAACUACUUUUGAAACUAAAUUAA